UCCAUCUGAAGCCAGCUUCUGAUCCAGAGAGAAGACUACCAGAAUAUUCUUCACCCUGUUGCUGGAGCUAACAAUUGAUCGUGUUGUUUCUCUGCUGUGGUCCCCCGUGGAGGGACAGCUGUUGCAAAAGAUGACUCACUUGCAGGCUGGCCUCUCUCCAGAGACUCUGGAGAAAGCCAAGGUGGAGCUCAAAGAGAACCCGGAGACUUUACACCAGGACAUCCAGGAGGUCCGGGACAUGAUCAUCACCCGGCCGGACAUCGGGUUCCUCAGGACAGAUGACGCCUUCAUCCUCAGAUUCCUCAGAGCGAGGAAGUUCAACCACUUCGAGGCGUUCAGGCUGCUGGCUCAGUACUUUGAGUACCGACAGCAGAACCUGGACAUGUUCAAGAACCUGAAGGCGACAGACCCGGGGAUCAAACAGGCCCUGAAGGACGGUUUCCCCGGGGUGCUCUCCAAUCUGGACAGAUACGGCAGGAAGAUACUGGUGCUGUUUGCAGCCAACUGGGACCAAAGCAGAUACACCUUUGUGGACAUACUGAGGGCGAUCCUGCUCUCUCUGGAGUCGAUGAUAGAAGACCCGGAGCUGCAGGUCAACGGUUUCAUCCUCAUCAUUGACUGGAGUAACUUCACCUUCAAACAGGCGUCCAAACUAACUCCCAGCAUGCUCCGGCUUGCCAUCGAGGGGCUGCAGGACAGUUUUCCUGCCAGAUUUGGAGGCAUUCACUUUGUGAACCAGCCAUGGUACAUCCAUGCUCUCUACACCGUCAUAAGACCCUUCCUCAAAGACAAGACCAGGAAGAGGAUCUUCAUGCAUGGUAACAACCUGAACAGCCUCCACCAGCUCAUCCAUCCUGAGAUCCUACCCUCAGAGCUUGGCGGGAUGAUGCCACCGUAUGAUAUGGGCACGUGGGCACGGACGCUGCUGGACCACGCCUACGACGAGGAGACAGACUAUUGCCCAGAGUCUUACACCCUGUCAGUACAAGACCUGGAGAGAGACCUGGAGAAAAACAUGUCCCCGAAAACCAUGAAGAGGUCUCAGUCUGUGGUGGAACCGGGCGUCCUGAAACGACCGGACAAAGUGAAGAGUGAAGAAGACAACAUGCAGCCACUGCUCUCUUUGGACUAAAGUACGCUUUCAGCAGCAGUAGUAUUGAAGCUUACUGGAGUCAGUAUUUAAACACACAAACACGUGACUGACAUGUGCACAUACUGAACCAAACGCACGGCUUACAGACGCUCCUUGUGUCUCUUGAACUCCAGGAAAUCUGAACAAGCUGGUACAAAGCAGGAGGAGACAGGGUGAUGUCUCACCACACAGAAACUUAGAGCUACUGAUGGUGUUCGAUAUAUUUAUUUAUUUAUUUAGUUAUGUGUCAAGUGCCAAUUCAGAAAACAGCUGUAAAAAUUUAUCUGAACAACCCAGCCGCUCACAAAAGGAGAAGACGUGUAAGGAGAGGGAGAUGCGAAGGUGCCACGUUUGUGAAAAUAGUGUUUCCUACAGCUGUACAGUAGUCCAAAAACCAGAGAGUUCCCGAGCUGCAGUCCUUUCUUUUUCUUCUUCUUUGUACAGUUAUUUAAAGAAGACACGGUGUGUGAACGGGAGGCACUGCUCAGGAUCAACAGAAGAGAAGAUGAGGGGCUUUUUUUCAACCGACUGGACACAAAACUGGCAGACAGGCAGGCGCUUGGGUCACUGGGUGUACUGGUUGUGGAGGUUUCCUGUGAAAAUAUUGUCUGACUAUCACUCUACCUAUCUCUCAGAAAAGCAUAACCCCUUUAAAGAGAGGAAUCUAUGUUUUUCUUUGCAGAAUUUCUAUAUUUUCAAACCCAUUUAUCAAAAAAAUCAGUGUUUCUUCUUUCAUUUGAAAAAGCUGCAGCCUCUUUGAGAAACUCACCUAGAGGUGACGGAGCAGUUUAAUCAGCUAAAGAUAAACUUUGGGACUCUUAUAGGUAGAUACUGUCAUCCAGACUUAUAAAAAAGAUUAUUUUUGUGACACAUUUGUUGUACUUUAGGCAAUAAUGAUCUUAAGAAGCUUCAGCACGGUCACUAAAUUUGUUUUCGAUGCAUUAGUAUUUUAAUAUUUACACUACACAUAAUUUUGCAUGUUUUUGCCCACUUGCCCAAAACACAUUCCUUUAUUUGCAUUAUUCCAGAACAUCACUGGUGUUUCCAAAUGUACAUAGGAGUCAGUUAGUAUUGGUAUCAGUUUAUAAUCUUUACUUGUUUGUUGGUUUUUCACCACAUCACACUUUCAAGUGAUUCUAGGCAGAUUUAUGUGAAUAUUUAAAGCAAGAGAGUAAUUUCUCUUCCACUAUGAGGCGACUGAUAAGCUAGACUUUAUUCAAAGCUUAACUAAUUUCAGAGCCAUUGCAGACCAUGGUCAGGGUUUCAAAUAAAACAAAACAUGGACUGUACAGUGCAAUCAGAAAGUAUUCAGACAACCUUCCCUUUUUUUCUAUUUUCUGAUGUUGCAGCCUGAUGCUACUAUUAAAAAAUAUCUACAUUCUCGUUAAUCUACACUCAGUACCCCAUCAUGACUAAGUGAAAGCAGAUUUUUUUUUAAAUAUCAUAUCAUAUCAUGAAACACAUGAUCAUAUGAUUAGGGAAGAUACCUCCAUAAAAGGCCACAAAUCUGGCAAUGCAUA